AUGGCGGGAAUUGAGCUCUGGCAGCUCUCGUAUAUCAUAUUUCCCGGCCUAAUUCUUCUCCAUCUCUACAUUUCCCCAUAUACCAAGGUGGAAGAAUCGUUCAACAUCCAAGCCGUGCACGACAUCUUAAGAUAUGGCAUCCCAACCCACAACGUCUACCGCCGAUUCAAAGCCCGAUAUGACCAUAUGACCUUCCGCGGGGCCGUGCCCAGGACCUUCAUCGGCGCUCUUGUUCUCGCCACGGCCGCCCAGCCGAUCAUCGGGGUCGGCGACUUGAAUGGAGAACAACAGCAACUGUUGGUCCGGGCAUUACUGGGCUUAUUCAACGCGAGUGCCCUCAUCAGCUACACGUCCGGCGUGAGACAGGCAUACGGCAAGACUACUGCGGAAUGGUAUACAGUUCUACAAGCCAGCCAGUUUCAUGUCUUGUACUAUUCAUCACGAACACUUCCAAACAUGUUCGCUUUCGGAAUCAGUACGUUUGGUCUACGCUUCUUCCUUGCCGCCCAUUCAACUCCAGAAGCGCAAAUCAAACGCGCAAGACUGGGACUCUACCUCUUGACGCUGGCGACCGUGAUCUUCCGCUCCGAGCUGGCAUUGCUCCUCGCCUCGCAUUGCUGCUACAUGCUAUCCAAGCCCAUCUUCUCCGACAACAACAACAACAACAUAUCCUCCGCCGUGGCUCUGAUACGUCGGGUUUUCUUCCCGGCCAUUCUCGCGGCCACGGUCGCCGGCCUCGUCUUGACCGUCAGCAUCGACACCUUUUUCUGGCAAUCACGCACUCUUCUCUGGCCCGAACUGGCAGCGUUCCUGGCCAACGUGUUUCCCUCCGACUCCAAAUCCGGUGCCUCAGCAUGGGGCACCUCCCCCUGGCACUGGUACUUGACGUCCGCGUUGCCACGACUUCUCCUGAACCCUUUACUGCUACUCCUCUUACCGUGGGGCAUGACGACCACGCUCCGCUCUUCACUGGCCGACCUGACGAUCCCGUCGCUGGGCUAUAUCGGCCUGUAUUCGAUGCUACCACACAAGGAAACGAGGUUCCUCUUCCCCGUCAUCCCGCCCAUCACGGCCGCUGCGGCGUUAUGUGCCAAUUACAUUUCCACGCGCCGCGGACGCUCCAUGGUCUACAGACUCACCACCUACGCCCUUGUCCUGACCACAGCCGCAACGGCCUUUCUAUCACAUGCCGUUCUGCUGCCUCUGUCCGCGCAAACAUAUCCUGGCGCCCACGCUUUGAAGGCCCUGCACGUCCUCUCUCUGAACUACGCGCCGCAGCCCGUCGUCGGCGUCCAUUUGACGAAUCUGGCCCUGCAGACCGGGGUGACGCAUUUCCUGGAAACGCCGCCGCCGCAGCUAGCGGCGCGUCCGGUCUUCACGCUGCCGGGGUCCGCGGACGGCCAGAAACCGACUAUUACGUCCACCCGGCCUACGGUCUGGAUGUACGACAAGUCGGAUAAUAGUAGCGAUGUGCGAACGGUGGCCUUCUGGAGUCAAUUCGAUUACGUCGUCGUCGAGCAUCCCAGUCAUGCAAUUGGGAAGUGGGAUGUCGUGGAUAAGAUUCCUGGACUGGGUAGACCUCGAGUCCUGGAUCCGAGUACCGGUCGCGGGCGUUUGGUGUUUGGACCGAAGACACAGAGGAGACAGGAUGAUGGACUGUCGCGGCUGGUCGGGGCUAUGUAUGGAGAUGGAGAGAAAUGGGUGUACGGGGUCUUCCAUGACCUCCUGAGAGAAGGGGUCGGCGCCGAGGAAGUGUUUGGGUCGCAUUGGAGUUGGACCAAAGGCUGGUGGCUACAUUGGGGGUUGGAGACGAAAUUGUAUAUUCUGAAAAGGGCCUCGGGUAGUGGGGGUAAUGGAUUCCGACUGUGA